AUGACUGGUCGCGGAAAAGGUGGCAAGGGCUUGGGCAAGGGUGGUGCCAAACGUCAUCGCAAGAUCUUGCGCGACAACAUCCAGGGUAUCACCAAGCCUGCUAUCCGCCGUCUCGCUCGCCGUGGCGGAGUCAAGCGAAUCAGCGCUAUGAUCUACGAAGAAACCCGUGGUGUUCUCAAGUCGUUCCUCGAGUCCGUCAUCCGUGACGCUGUCACCUACACUGAGCACGCCAAGCGCAAGACUGUCACCUCCCUCGACGUUGUCUAUGCUCUCAAGCGCCAGGGCCGUACUCUUUACGGGUUCGGUGGCUAG